AUGAAUUAUGUGCGCCAUCAGUACUCCGUUGUAGUCGCCGUCUGCCUGCCAGUUGUUCUUGUGAUCUCGCUAUGGCUUCCAGCACUAGAGUCUUACAGUAUUCCACAGCAUCAGUCGACACCGGCCAUCGGUAGCAGCUUCCUGAUAAGGCCCGUAGUGGUGGCUCCCGGUGGCAAUGAUGGUGGCAAGAAUCUCAGUCAGCGAAAGUUGGCCCCUCAGCGGCAGCUGUUUAUUCCCGAGGAGCGUCCCGCGUCCGGUGAGACGAAGUCUAUCGAGUUCACCGAUUACGACGAAAUUGACCGCAGCUAUCGGAAGGUGAAGAAAAUCGUUAAACAUCGCCGACAUCCGGCGGUACCACGGAGGAUCAAACCCGGCCCGGGGCACCGGAAGCGUCGGUUCAAUCCGCAUCUGUACACACCGUUUACGAAAUGGGGCCCGUGCGAUUACCAUUGCCAUCAGAAGCGGGAGCGGUACUGCAUCGCCAAGCGCAAGUGUGGCAACCACGUCCAGACGGAGGAACGGAUAUGUCCCAAGAGCAUCUGCGUUCCCCUACACAUUCCACCGAUUCCGACCGUCCACAUCGAAGAGGUCAAGGAGGAGCACCAUUCGUCCGCGCUUCCGUGGAAUCAGUUCACCAUAGUCAACUUCGAUGGGCACGUUCAGAAGCAGGAGCAGCACGUACAGCACGGAAAGAAGAAGAAAAAGAUCAUUAUACAGGAAGACGACGACUGGGAUGAUUCGGACGGCGACACGGACUAUGUGAUACUGAAAAGCCCAUCGUCCAAGUAUCCGUCGUUCCACCGGAAGGAGGAACCGUUGGGCAAGAUGGUCAAGGGUAAACCGUUGCUGAUCAAUCUGGACGAUUUUGAUGACAAGCGCAUUCUGACGCCCAACUACGCACUCGCACCACACUUUGAUAAUGGCUACGAGACGGCUGCCCACAAGUUCGUCAAGUAUCCACGGCAACGGCAGCAACAGCAACACCAAGUACCACCGCGACGCUAUCCGUCGAAGUUGAGCGAUUACUUCGAGGACUACUACGAUCAUCUGUACCGAGAUGGAACAGGCUUUUCCAACCGAAAAGGAGAAGACUAUCCGGACACUGGGGAACAGGAAGAUUGGCGACCCAUUCCGGGACCAGUGAAUGGCAGUAGUCAGCAUCGGUCAGCGAUGUUGGACAAGAACUAUGGCAAUAUCUUUCGUCACACCACCGAAGCGAAUGUCCCGAAGCCGAUAAACGUUACCAGUGGCCAGUAUCAGAAGCUGCUGGAUUCGUUUUCCACUGCGUCCACUGGCCUCGAGGGACGACAUGCCAAGCGUGAGGUAGACGGGAGUUCGAGUGACUUUGAAAGCUUGUCCGAGGAGGAUGAGGAAAGGCCAAUCAACGGGCAGCUUAAGUCGGGUGGAACACCGGCAGUGACCCAGCGGAGAGCGCGCGAGAAAGCCGUCUUUGAGAUGCCUCGAAAGGUGGAGAAUCCGUACACCAAGUGGAGUAAGUGGACCAAAUGCACGGCCAAGUGUACCACGCGGAGAUUGAAACGGUGUCGAAUACCUGCGUUUUGCGGCAACGACGUUAUCCGGGAGAUCGCGUACUGCUACACCGAGGGUAGCUUUUGCGAAGAAUGGAUCGGCAAUCAGCUCUACCAGAAUAGCCGGAACAUAGUACUACCCCCGGCGAUGCCACCAACGACGACCAUGAAGACCACAACCACCACCACUACGACCACGACACCGAGGCCAAAUAAACCACGAAGAAAUCCCUCGAACGGAUGGAACAGGAGUGACACGGUGGCAAUGCCGAACUCCAUUUCCGCACAGAUAUUCUCGAACAGAAGGGGGACCGUUCAAUCGGAGUACAUGCCGCAGCAGAUUGCCUGCGGUAUACCGGCGGUGCGGGAUAAGCCCAAAAAGAACUAUCUCUACAAUAUGCUACGCAUUAUCGGCGGUAAAACUAGCCGCCGGGGACAGUGGCCAUGGCAAGUGGCUAUUUUAAAUCGCUUCAAGGAAGCUUUCUGUGGCGGAACGUUAGUUUCAUCCCGUUGGAUACUCACCGCUGCGCAUUGCGUGCGGAAGCGUCUGUUUGUGAGGUUAGGCGAGCAUAAUCUUCAGCAGGCGGAUGGUACCGAGAUCGAGUUCCGGGUGGAAUUGAGCAUCAAACACCCCCGGUACGAUAAGAAGACCGUCGACAAUGAUGUAGCGCUGCUAAAGUUGCCACGGGAGGUGGAACCAUCGAACUUCAUAGGAUACGCCUGUCUGCCGAUGCGAUAUCAAGCCCUUCCGACGGGGCACACAUGUACGAUCAUUGGUUGGGGCAAGAAGCGACACAACGAUGAGGCAGGCACGGACAUACUCCACGAGGCUGAAGUGCCGAUCGUACCGAACGAACGGUGUCGAGCCGUAUAUCACGAUUACACUAUAACGAAAAACAUGUUCUGCGCAGGACACAAGCGUGGCAGGAUAGACACGUGCGCCGGAGAUUCCGGUGGACCAUUGCUGUGUCGAGAUGCUUCUAAACUGAACAAUCCGUGGACCAUCUACGGCAUCACGAGCUUCGGCGAUGGUUGUGGGAAGCAGAAUAAGUUCGGUAUCUACACCAAGGUGCCGAACUAUGUCGACUGGGUUUGGUCCGUGAUUAACUGCGAUGGAAACUGUCGAACGUAAGGACGUAAGGGAAAAGGAUACAAAUGAAAAUUUACUACAACUUCUUGUGAAGUUUUUUCUCUUGGAAAAAUUAACUUAUUUGCACAACAGAAAAGAACGGGGGAUCAAUGAUGUCUGCGUGUCUCAGGCGUAGCUCCACGCGCUAGCAAACGCAAAACAAUUGGUCUUUGAUAAUUAUUUAUUUGCGAAUAAGCCAG